AUGCGCAGAGUUCCCCGUCUCAGCCAGCCGCUUCUGGCAGCCGCCCCGUCGCGGUGCACCUGCGCCUCCGCGACUCUCCCCAUAGCCGCCCGCCGGGCCCUCUCGACAACAACGACUCUCAGCAGCCGAGAAGGCGUACGCAACGCGCUCUGGAGCGGCGAGGCUCCCGGUCCGAAAAAUGUCGACGACCCCGCGGCGAUGCAGGAACUGAAGGAGGAGAAGAGACGACUCGACCAGGAGGAGGCGCAGGCCGAGAUCGCCGUCUGGGAAGCGAAGAGGCCAAAAGUUAAGGGCAGGAAGAAUAGGAAAGCCAAGGACGAGGACAGCGCCAUUACUGCCCCGACAGCGGAGUCGUUGGAAACGGAGGGGUAUGUCCCCGCAAAGACGAUUGACGAACUCGAGGAGAUUGGAGGCCUGGAUGGAUGGUGGGAGCAGCGCUGGUCCGCCGCGGAGCAGUACGUCGGCUUCUCGUCGCGGAGCAUCGCGAACAAGAUCGAGGAUGGGGCCGUCUGCGAGGCGCUGGUGAGGCAAGCCCUCGUCGAGACGCUCGUGCUGUCGCAGCUGGACAAGGAGGCGUUGAAGCGCAAGUGGGUUCCGGGCGACCGCGAGGACUUUAACAGGGCGACUGCGAUCAGUCUCGAGGCCAUUGGCGCCGAGGGCGCCGUUCCCGAGGCACAGAAGGAAGCUGCGGAGACGAUUGUGCAGAUGCUGCAGGGUAUCGGGCGCGCAGAGACGACUACGCAGGUGGAUCAGGAUUCCGGGCACGAGGCAACGCGCAUCCCCAUUUCUGCGGACGAGGCGCAGGUGCUGGUUCAGUCUUGGGACCCCAAGUGGAAGGCCAUAUCCCUCCAGGAUCCUCUCCUGAAGUUUGCCCUACACAAGCGCGUCUUCCAGCUUACGGGCCAUUACAUCCACGACGCCAAGCUCGCGCAGAUGAAGACGGUCGGCCAUCUUAUCGCGGCCGUCGUCAAGCCGCCCAAGCCUGCCAAGGUCAUCGAGGCGAUCUACGCCCAGGGCAGCCUACCGGAGCUUCCCAACGUCAAGCUGUCUCACCGCCGCAUCACCCCGAUUGACAAGGAGAAGGCGGUGGGCAGGUGGAAGGUCAUCCAGGAGGAGCUCGAGAAGAGAGGUCUGCCCGUCACUGGACAUGAGCACCUUCCGCGACCAGUGCAGAGGGACUGGAUCCAGGGCAAGAACUAA